UGGUUUCUUUUUUUCCCUCAUUGUACUUUUUUCCCUCUCUACUGCUAUUCAAUUUUCAUUUCCGCAGCACCUUUUUCUUUAGUAUUAUUAUGAGUCGACGUGACGAGGAGAAGGACGAUGAAUCAUCUGUAUCUACAGUCCAUGACAGCAUCCUCGAUCUUCAACAGAGACAAAGAGCGGUCGAUGAAAGACAGCAGGAGCAGCAGCAACAGCAACUUGAAACAGACACAAGUACGGCAACGAUGAACGAUGACGACAACCUCAGCAAUGAUGAAGAGCAGUUACGGCAGCGACCUCCUGCUACUGAUACUGCUGUGGUACCGGAAGUUGCUGCUACGACAAACGACAAAGAUCAACGAAUUAUAGAUGAAGGCAAUUAUAUCGAUAAGAGCAGUAGUAACAGCAUAAGCCAUCGCAUUCAACAUUUUUUUCACGAUGGCAAAGCCGUUGCUGUAUUUUUUAUGAUCACUGGUGGAAUGGCUGUUGCUGUUCAAUCUGGUACCAAUGGUUCCAUGCGUGUAAUUGCUGGUCGAUCGUUCUCUGCAACAGCCAAUUUUGUGAUUGGAUUGAUGGCCAACUUGCUUGCUUUUGCAUUUGAUGUAUUAGUUCUAAAAACUCCACGACCCCGGUUUAGCCGUUUAAAAGAGAGCCCGUGGUAUUCGUGGAUCGGUGGAAUACUAGGAACUUACUAUGUCAUUAUCAAUAUUUUUACGGUGAUCAACAUGGGCGCAGGCACUGUGCUUAGUGUGAAUGUGUGCUCUCAGAUAAUCAUGGCAUGUAUCAUGGAUCAUUUCGGCUUGACAGGUAUUGCGAAACGACGAAUUACUAUUUGGCGGAUUCUGGCUUGUUUGGGACUUAUCGGCUGUGUGGCGGUUAUCACAAUCUUUUGAAUUUUUGAUGGUGAUAUUUCUAUAACAAAAGUAUAAUACCUUGAGGACUAUCGUUUUCUUUCAAUGAAUUAUUUGAUUUCAGUAUUGAUGUGUUUGGGAAUACACAAAAUAGCAAGCAUCAUGUAAAACUAAGCGGGAAGGAACGAUGCGCAGUGUGUAUAGACUGAG